AUGGCUCUGGCAUGGCUUGUCAUUUUUCUCAGCUGCUUUAGCCAGUUGAGUGCCCAGUUUUUCAAUAACACUCUUCCCAAAGAUAUUGAGUUACAGGAGAGGUUACUACGAGUACUAUUACGACUUAAUUUGGAAGAAGAGUUCAAUACUGUGCUGGUCUACGGAGAAGAAUGUCUGUUCCACUUAUUGCUGAGACACUUGGGAGUACCCACAAUACUUGUGGCUUCGGGAAGCACAAAUUACGAUUGGAGUUUCAGCACCUCGACCCUAAUACUAGCUUGUAAAUCUGAUGCGGAGAACGAGGAGAAUUCCAAAACCCUACUGAAGUUGCAAAUAAACAGAAGGCUUAUUUAUGUGCAAAAUAAUACUCCCCCUGAAUCUGUUUGCAACAAAUACGCCCUCAAGGAGCAACAUAACAUUGCCAUGGUCAAGUCUAACUUUGUGCAGUCGGAUAUCAUUUACUCCUGUCGCUACUUUCAGACACCCAACUAUGAAGAGAAACGCUUCUUUGAGCAUCAACCCAUCUAUAUUGAGAACUUUCUGAAUAUGCUUGGAUCUGCCAUAAGAACUGUGCCGGACCUUUUGGUGCCGCGAACUAUGGUUUAUCGGGAUAAGAAGACAGGCGAGACUAAAAUGCAGGGUUACCUGGCCAACUUGAUAAUUACCUACGCGCAGAAACUGAACGCCAGUCUGGAGAUUGUAAACAUAACUGAGCUGGGCGUCGAGAAGGCCAGUGUUUUGGACAUUACAAACUGGGCUAAGGAGGAUAAGCUCGACAUUGGCACCGCCUUGUCCAGUUCCUUGCAGUUCAAGAGCUUGGAUGUCGUGUGGUAUCCCUACUUGCUAACCGGCUACUGUCUGAUGGUUCCAGUGCCCGCCAAGCUGCCCUACAACCUGGUCUAUUCGAUGAUUGUGGAUCCGGUGGUGCUCAGCAUUAUCUUUGUGAUGUUGUGCGUGUUCUCGAUUCUGAUUACUUACACCCAAAACCUUUCGUGGCGCAACCUCACUCUGGCCAACGUCCUGCUGAAUGACAAAAGUAUCCGUGGUCUCUUGGGUCAAUCGUUUCCGUUUCCCCCGAACCCAAGCAAACACCUCAAGCUGAUCAUCUUUGUGCUGUGCUUCGCCAGCGUUAUGAUCACCACCAUGUACGAGGCCUAUUUGCAAUCCUAUUUCACCCGUCCGCCGUCUGAGCCAUAUAUUCGUUCCUUCCGGGACAUUGGCAACUUUUCGCAUCGCAUGGCAAUUAGCAGGGUGGAGGUGAAUGUGCUUACCUCGCUAAACAACUCGCAUUUUCGGGAAAUAAAGAAGGACCAGCUGCUAAUCUACGAAGACUGGUCGGAGUACCUAGGGCUGCGUGACUCCUUCAACACGAGUCUCAUCUUUCCGGUGUCCGUGGACCGCUGGACCACCUACGAAGAGCAACAGAAGCUCUUUGCGGAACCUGCCUUCUAUCUGGCCACCGACCUCUGCUUCAACCGCCUCAUGUUCUUUAGUCCCCCGAUGCGGCGGCACUUGCCACAUCGCCACCUCUUCGAUGCACACAUGAUGCGACAGCAUGAGUUUGGCAUGGUGGGGUUCUGGAAGAGACAGAGCUUCCUUGUGAUGGUUCAGCUGGGCCUGGGAUCCCUGAAGGACCUAAGUCACAAGAGGGACAUUGCGGAGAGUCUUUUGCUGGACGAUAUCUCCUGGAUACUGAAGCUUUAUCUGGGAGCCAUGGCUCUGAGUGUUUGCUGCUUCGUAUUGGAGCUAUCGCGAUGCAGUGAGAGGUGGAGUCGUUUUUGGAGACCUAGAAGGUGA